UCUGGUCUCGUUCCUAUGACGUAUAAAGGUCAUGGACAUGGAGCGCCCAUGAGAAGGACCAUACUGCCGAUACAUCUAAGAAAAAAAACAGUCUAACGUUCCCUAUUCACCCGAAACCCAAAUGGCUCUGUUAACAAGACUCGGCCUCGGCCUCUCCGAGUCAUUGAGAGUGAUGCCCCACAAGGCCUUCAGCGUAUCUGCAGCUGCACCUGCCAUCUACAAAAUGACCCGCGUGCGCGUGGUGGACAACAGUUCGCUGGGAAACACCCCGUAUCACCGCGCGCCGCGCGUCAUUCACGUCUACAACAAGUCUGGCGUCGGCAAAGUGGGAACCAGAGUGCUGCUCGCCAUCAAAGGGCAGAAGAAGAAAGCACUUGUAGUGGGACACAAAAUGCCAGGAGAGCGAAUGACGCCACGGUUCGAUUCCAACAACGUUGUUCUGAUUGAGGAAAACGGAAACCCAACCGGGACGCGGAUCAAGGUGCCGCUGCCGUCACUGCUGCGCAGGAUGGACGGGGAAUAUUCCAAAGUGCUCGCCAUUGCGCUCAAAUUCGUAUAGCAUCGAGACUGCAAUUAGCAAAACUUUUCAAUAUAUUCAGAAACAUUAUCCACAUAUCCAUCUGAAAUUUUGCGUUUCCAAAUAAAAUGAAGCGGUAACAGUGA